CUCUCUCUCUAUUUCCCCGCUCUCUUUCUCUCGAUUCAUGAUAUCUGUCCAUAUUGCAAGGCUCUUCCCACAAUUAGCUGCAGCGAAUAACCCACAGUCGUGGAUAUAACCGCGGGUCGUGGCGGACGUAUUUUGACGACAGCGCAGUGUAUUAAGAGUAAUCUGUUUCUGGAGCAUACGACAGUGGAGAGUCCAACAUCUACCUCUUUUGUGUCUUCAGUUUCUUGUUCAAUUUUUGUGAUUUAUUUACUCUGGAAACAAGUGGCAAUAUUUAAACUCCAACAUGAGUAGAUUACCACUGGAAAAACGGGUCAGGAGCGAGCACUUUGGAGAUUUUUACUGUUAUGUACAGGGUGAUCCAGUACAUCAAAAGCAUGUUGUUGUCACAUUCCACGACAUUGGACUAAAUCAUACAUCAUGGGUAAAGUUCAUCAGCACAAAGGCAAUGGCCCCGAUGGUGGGUAAAGUGUGUUUCAUCCAUAUCAAUGCACCGGGCCAACAGGACAACGCUGAAGAUCUCCCCGAUACGUACAGGUAUCCCAAGAUGCAGGAGCUGGCCGAGGAGAUUCCAGGAAUCCUCAAAGAAUUAGGAGUUCCCGAGAACCGUGAGGUGAUUGGACUAGGAGAAGGAGCUGGAUCAAAUGUACUUCUCAGGUUGGCUAUGAAAUUCCCCAAGCGUAUACUAGCCUUAUGUCUGCUGGAGUGCACCACCACUUCAGCCGGCUUCUCAGAGUGGGGGAGCGAGAAGGUGGCAUCAUGGCAGUUGAAGCAUGGCCAUAAGAUGACAGCUAAUGCUGAGAAGUAUAUCCUCUGGCAUCACCUUGGCAGACGAACACACUCGACUGAGUACGUUGACAUCGUGAAGCAGUACCAUGAAAACCUGUACAAAAUGAUGAACGCCCAUAACCUCGGACUCUUCAUCGACGCCUUCUGCAACCGAACAAACAUCAACAAUCACCUUAAAGAUUUCAGCCUGCCUGUCUUCCUCGUGACAGGAAGCAAGUCUCCUCAUGUCCAUGAAGUGGAAAAAAUCUAUGAGAUGCUUCCAUCCAAGAAGAAUUCUCAGAUCCUGAUUGCCAAGGAUGUAGGAGGCGAUAUCAAGGAGGAAAAUUCCAACUCCCUGGCAGAAAGUCUUCAGCUGUUCUUACAAGGUGUAGGCAUCAUUGGCAGCGUCGGUAUUCCAGGUCUGCACCAGAUGUCUGUCAAGCCGCGGUCUGGCAGCAUGACCGACUACGACAAAGCCAACCCCUCCAACAAAUAGACGUAUCUCCGCUAGCUGCUGCUGCUGCUGCUGCCCUCCUCUUCCGAUAUCUCCCUCCCCCCUCCUCUAGAAUGCACCAACCAACCAACCAACCAGCAAACCUUCAAGAAGAACAAUCAAGAUGUAAUGCUCUUGCACCUGUGUUUUUGACGCAUUCUAUUUUUUAUUCAACUUGUAUCUAAAGCACAAAGUUUCAAGCAUCAAACCAAAAGUUUGUGGAAAGCAGAAACAGUGAGAUUGUAACUUGAGAGCGUCUUGCCCUCCUAUUUUUAGAUUUUAAAGAAAUUGUUUGUGUUUUUUGUUUCGUUCUAUUGAGUUUUGUGAAGUGGAUGAAGGAUUAUGAGGGGGCGAUUUGUAUGUUGUAUGGUGGUAUUGGAGUUAUGUUAAUCAAGAUAUGUCUGGGGUUGGCAUUGCGGGUAAGAAGCAGCAGAGGAAAGGAAGGGGUUUUGUUUGAGAACAAUUUUAAUUGUAUUCAUCGAAGUUGAAAUCGGUAGAGUUAUUGCAUGUUUCUGUCCCUUAUGGACCAACUUAGAUAAGAAUUAAAAAGAAAUAUAUAAAAAGAUAUAUAGAUUUAUAUAUCAGUUCACUUUUUGCCCUGUUGAUCGUCACUGUUUAAUCUAGCACUAAUCUUACUUGCCUUUCCACAUUUCUGCCAUUUUAUUGAUGUUUUGACCUAUGCUUUUUUAUUUUUUAUUACGUGACCUUUUAUUUUUCACAAAAAAUGAAACCUUUUUUGAUGUGCAACCAACAACUGUUAUGAAAUACGAUGAAUAUGAUUCACAUUGUUAUUGUAAAUGCAAAGGUUAUCUUGUAGGCCAUUCCUCCUUGUACGUUAUGACCCAUUUUCAACAGGGAAAAAAUUAAUAUGGCCAAUUGUGACCUUGUCCAAGAUUUCAUACUGGCAUAUAGCUUCUGAAGUGAUGUCAGACUCAGCGACAGAAUACUGAAAUUACGUAAAAGCCCAGAUAUUUGAAAUCAUAUUCGAUACAUCCAUAUUCAUGUAUUAUUAUUAUUGAAAUAUUCAAUUAUUAUUUUAUAAAAGGUCUUUUCACAAAUUGUUUUCAACUCUCUUGCAAGUGUAAUAGAAUUGCCCUUAAUCUGAAAUAGCAUAAAAUCAAUAUAUUUUCUCUCUUUUUUUUGUUUUUGUUUUGUUUAUCCUAUAGUUAUAUUCCUUGUUAAUGCUCAUCUAAAAAGAUGUUUGAAGUGACUCAUAUAUGGUGAUAUCUUUGUAAUGGAGUACUGUUACUCUUUUUUUUAGCUUCAAAAGUAAUUUGAAAUUGUUCGUCGUUGAUAGUCUUAAUUCUUUAGUUAAUAUGGAGCGAGUAUGCCCCGUUGCAUGAUACAUGGUAUUUGCUUGUGCCAUCCUAAAUGGCAUGGAAAAGUUCUUAAUAAAAUGGGACUGCAUGAGAUCAGAGCUUGAACAAAUUGCCUUGGAUAGAAAAUAUUUGUCUGGUUCUGUAAUUCUCUUUAUUUUUCUUCAUUUUUCUUCAAAGGGAGCUGUAAAUUUCUUUUCUUUUUUAAAUGAGUAGUUUCAUCAGUUCCCCAAGAUUGAAUUUGACUUAUUUUUCAACUGUGAUGUUUUGUAAAUGUUGGCAAGAUGAAUAAAUGAAGUCUGAUUGGACAGAUAUUGAACAAGAACGCAAGUUUGUUUUGAAUAGAAAUUGUACAACUAAUCAUUCAUUUGCUAUAUUUGCUCCAAUGUGAGCUGGAAAUUAUAUUAAAUGUUAUUUUUGUCACAAAUCAUUCAAAAAAUCAGUUUCUAUCCUCUUGUCAAUUGCAUGUUUAUCUUGUAUACAUUUUUACAUUACACAUGAAUUUGUAGACAAUUUAUCAAAGCUUUUAUGCUUUAUCUACGCUAAAUUGGGAUGUGAAAAUAAGCCAAGUGGUAUGCAACCAAAUGAUGUUUUAGAUAUAUGUGGUAACCAUUUAUACACAUGCAACGUUAGAUUGCACAAGAUUAACGUGUGUAUGCAUCCUUAUGCAAACUGCAGUGAUGAAAUGUCUCAAGUUUAAUUUUGAAUUGUUCUUACAGAAAUGUACCAGUAUACAACACUGGAUGUGAAAUGUCCAGAUAAAAUUUGUUAUGUGUAUGUUAUCAACUAACAAGCAAGAUGUAAAUCGUUAGAUACCUGGUAUGGACAUACUGAUUUGUAUGUUCAUUUUUCUUUCUGUUGAGUUGGGAAUUAUUACAGACUAUUUUCAUCAUUCCAAA